AUGCACAGAAAAUCUAUUGAGGCGUCGCGUCACCUCAAGGAAUCAGGUUCGGAGCGCGAGGGGUCAGAAGCGGAGCCCGAGCGCGCCUCCUCCGCCUCACCACACCACCACGACAACCAUGAUAAUCAGGCUCAAAGUUCUCCAGCAAGUUCAACUACGGCCUCAUCAUCAGCCAAAGGUCGCGCGUCCCCGGAGCCGGGCCCUAUGUAUGAGGAUGCUGAAGCUUUCCGCAAUAACAGCAUCGCUUGCCUUCGCGCCAAGGCCCAGGAACACCAGGCGCGGCUACUCAAUAAUAAUCUGUUACUGCAGGUGCGAGGGGUCCCGCGGCCCAGCAGCGCGGACGAGGAGGGCCCGGCCGACAUCGACGUGGGCACGGAGGCGCCGCCGCCCGCACACCUCUACUGA